CCCGCGAAGGGCCCGGCGGCGCCGCGUGAGGGGGGGGGCCCGGAGACCCUGCGCCGACCGCCGCGGGCUCGGGAGGCGUGCGCCCGCCGGGCUGCCGGCCGGAGCGCGUGGGGAGGAGAGUCAGUCAGGCGCCGCGAAGUGGGGAGGGGUGAGGAGAGGAGAGGAGAGGAGGAGGUCCCGGCGGAGCCAUGGCGAACCCCCUGCGGCCGCCUCAGGAGCUCCCUCAGCCGGGCGGGCGGCGAGCGGCGUCGCGGUGCGGCUGAAGCCCCUCAGCGCGGUUCCUGCCGGGGACAGAGGCCGCCUCAGCCUCCUUUCGGCCCCCGAGGGAGGAGAGUCGCCGCCGUCGUCGCCGCCGCGCAGGAGAAGCAGGAGGCGGGCGGCGCAGCGCGAUGAGGCUGUGACGCCUCCCGGGAGGCCAUAAGGAGCCGCGGCGGCGGCGGGCGAGGGAAAGGGCGACUCCAAGCGGAGAGGCCGGGGGCCACCAUCGGAGGUCGGCGCCCGUGGCUGGAUAGAAACGAGGCCCUGAGCCUCCCCGGGGGACCCUUUCCCACCCCUCCCCGCCCGGCCGGUCGGCCGGUGUCUGCCGCGCGGAGCCCCUCCCGCCCGGCGCCCCGUUCAGACGUGCCUGGGUUUGCGCCAGCGCCCGCUCGGGGUCGCGUCGCGUCACGUCUGGACGGUGUGUGUGUGGGGGGGGGGAUGUUUUCCUCCUGCUGCUGCUACAGCCAGGAUUAAGUGGCGGCGGCGACGCGGCCGGGGCGGCGUGGCGUUUCUCGGGGAGCUGCUGCGCCCUCCCUCUUCUUGCCUUUGAUGACGAGCCGCCGCUCUUGCUUGCUGGACGGCCCCGUUCAAAAAAGGAUGGUUUAGGCUAGACGCGAGUCAGGGACUCGGAGGAGGAGGAGGAGGAAGAGGGGGAGGUCGGCGCCUGGGAGGCCUCCUCCCGGCGGGCGGUAGAACAGGUAAAACGCCAUGGACGGCAGGCUGGGGUGACACUGCCCGAAGGCUCUGGGCUUGGGAGCCUUUCCUUGGGAGGGGGGUGAGUGUGAGUGUGUGUGUGUGUGUGUGUGCAAAGGAGACGGGGUUAGCUUUUGUUGUCUUAAGCUUUUGCCCCGGCAGGUUAUAAAUAGAUCGGUUCAGACGCCGUGUCAAAGGAGGACACCUUGGCAAAGAAGGCAAGCAAGUUCCCGAGAGAGAGAGAGACAGACAGACAGACAGACACACACACACAGACACACAAACUGCCUUUAGCUUCUUCCUCUCCAUCCAACUGCUGUUGUCACCACACAAUGAAUGCCAGGAGGAGGCCCGGGCGCUACCGAUUUUUGUAAGCCGCCAAGGAAAAAGGCUGGAUUUGUCCCCCCCUUCCCCGUUUUUGGGGAACUCCGACCUCCCCAGGGAAAAAGGAAGAAAACGGGAGGAAUCUGCUGGUGGGAAACCACAUCAGGGCGAGGGAAGAAAAACAGCUGGUGAAGCAGAAGGACUCUUUUUUUUUUUUUUUUGCUGGGACUUGAGAAGGGGAAGAAAAGAUUGGCGUGAAAAUGAAGCCGAAUCGAGACAUCUGGAUCCUCGCGAUACUGACACUGUAGCCCCUGUGUUGCCAGGGCACCUUCUGUCCCACCACGAUUCCAGUAUGGUUUACGGUGGAAACAAAGGGCUGAUCCGAGAAGACACCUUAGAUGAAUACUUUGAAUACGAAGCGGAGGAAUUCCUUGUCAACUUGGCCCUGUUGAUUACUGAAGGCAGAACACCCGAAUAUUCAAUUAAGGGCAGGACUGAAGGCUUCCACUGCCCUCCAGCACAAUCAAGUCAACCAACAACAACUAAACAUGAAUGCAGUGACAGAUUGGCCCAGUGCCGUCAAGCUAGGCUUACCCGAUCUGAAGUUGCCUUGCUGUGGAAGAAAAAUAUUCCUAUUAUGAUAGAAGUGAUGCUACUUCCAGACUGCUGCUAUAGCGAUGAAGGACCCACGACUGAAGGGAAUGACUUAAAUGAUCCUGCAGUCAAGCAAGAUGCGCUGUUGUUGGAAAGAUGGAUUUUAGAGCCAGUUCCACGGCAAACUGGUGAUCGAUUUAUUGAAGAGAAGACCCUCUUAUUGGCUGUCCGCUCUUUUGUGUUCUUUUCUCAGUUAAGUGCUUGGCUGAGUGUGUCACACGGAGCCGUGCCUCGUAAUAUUCUUUACAGAGUGAGUGCCGCUCACGUGGAUUUGCAGUGGGCGUUUUCCCAGACACCAACAGAACAUCUUUUCCCUGUCCCCAACGUUUCUCACAAUGUGGCCUUGAAAGUCAGUGUCCAAUCUCUGCCCAGACAAUCGAACUACCCAGUCCUGACCUGCAGCAUCCAUGCCAACUUCGGCUUCUAUGAAAAGAGAGGAGAAGAGAAUAAUGUACAUCAGCACUGUGAUUCCAUUAAGACCGAACAGUCCAGUGUGCCCAACUCACAGCGUUCUUGUGCCAAACUGAUGUGGGCUGAAAGCGUGCUGGGCAUAAAACAAGGCCCUGAGUUUAACCCUGCUGUCAGAAACCUGAAAUUGUAUCCAUUAGCUGGCCUUGGAUCUGACUUUGGAUCGUUAGAAUCGAAAGUUCAGGGCUACACAGAGAGGAGGGCGCUGUUGCCAGAAACACCAGCGAGAGCUUUGAAAUCAUCCUGCUUGGCUGAUACCCAUGGCCAUAAUAGCAGCUCUUCCCGCCAGUCAUUGGGAGAUUCGAUUCCUUUGAUAGGCUCUUUACUCCAAGAGCGCCAUGAAGUUAUAGCAAGGAUUGCUCAGCAUCUCAUUCACUGUGAUCCGGCAGCUUCCCCCAUCACGAGGAAGGCUUUUAGUACCAGUGAUACCGGUGUGGCAAACGCCAAGGCUCUACAACAUGCCCCUGUAGAGAAAAACCUGCUGAAGAAAGGAAAGGAAUUGUCCUCCCUUGCUGCUAACUUGGAACACAACUCUUCAGAAAAUGUUGGGAAAGCCCAAAUAAUACCAGAAACACCCUUGUCUCCCUCCCACGCUCCCCCGAACCAGUGUUUCCGCCAGGCGAGAGAGGAAACCAACCCUCUCAUAAGCUCUCUACUUCAAGAGAGGCAAGAGGUUAUCACAAGGAUUGCCCAACACUUGAUUCAUUGUGAUCCACCGCCCUCCCAAGGUGCACCUCCUGUGUUCAGUUUUCAUGACGUUCCUGCCGUUAAUCCAAAGGCUUUUCACAGUUCCUGUGAAGAGGACAGCCUGCUGAAGAAAAACAAGGAAGCCCCUUCCGAUUCCUCCUCACAUUCUAGAUUGGCUUUCCCAGCAGAUGACCCCAACGCAAAACUUAAAACACCAGCAACCCCGUUGCAUUCGCUUAGAUGUGAGGUAGACCAGAAUGCAUCUCCCAGCUUCAGAAGAAAACUGCUGCCAGCAGAGACCAAUGAAGUAGUCCAAAACACAUUUCGCCAGUCUCCUCCCAGUAGAAGUAAAAGUCCUCUAACUUGCAUGGCCCAAUCAUGUAGCAAAGAAAGUUAUAAAUCAGAAUUGACAGAUAAAUUGGAGUCUGUACUUUCUGGUUGUCCCCAUAAACCUCAAGUCGGAAAGAGAGGCACCACCAAGCCGUGUUCACAUGUCAGAUGUAGUAAUGAACUGGUUUGUAGAAGUAAAUUUAAGGACAGGGCGAUCUCUUGUGAAAAUAGCGACCCACACUGUUCAAAUAAUCCCCAGGUGGAUCAGCACAGAAUACUUGAAAAUGUCAAAGCAGCUACAGUUUCCGCCUCGGAGAUCUGGCACAAAUAUACGUCCAGGCACUUAAAUAAAGACUCCAAAGAGCCAAAUGUCUCUGAACAAAACUCUCAGCUCACUAGUAUUGAAAACUAUUUACAUAAAGACCAUGACAUUUUCAAAUGCAAAAAUAAACAAGACAGGGCGAAAAAUGCCAACGAUGAGAACGACUAUGAGGUGCAGAAGCAUUGUCAGAAGAAGCCUGUGGAAGAUACCUUGGCUGCCUUUUUUGAACAAAGGAAGAACGCAGAGGUGCUGGAUGCUGUCUUCUUCUUUGGGCAGAAAACAAGACCACUCAAACAUGUGUGGCACAAAGGUAAUUUUCACCACUUGGAUGGGACUUCGACCAGGGCCUUCCACCCCCGAACUGGAUUACCUCUCCUUUCAAGUCCAGUUCCUGAAAGAAAAACACAGACAGGAUGCUUUGAUCUUGAUGCAUCAUUGUUGCAUCUGAAAUGUCUGUCAUCCAAAAGUCCACAACGAUACAUAAGCAAAGAGAACGAUUCCGACAUCCACGAGAAAGCACUCCUAAGCUCCAGUACACCCUCUGUUACAAGUCUUAGCCUUCUCGGAAACUUUGAGGAAUCUGUACUGAACUAUCGUUUAGAUAGGCUGGGUAUUGUAGACGGCUUCACAGCUGAAGUGGGAGCAAGCGGACUUUUCUGUCCAACUCACAUGACUCUUCCGGUUGAAGUUUCUUUUUACAGUGUUUCUGAGGACAACGCGCCCUCUCCGUAUAUGGGUGUAAUCGCUUUAGAGUCCCUUGGUAAAAGGGGUUAUCGGGUGCCUCCUUCAGGAACAAUACAAGUGACCUUAUUUAAUCCUAACAAGACUGUGGUGAAGAUGUUUGUGGUGAUCUAUGACUUACGAGAGAUGCCUGCCAAUCACCAGACAUUCUUGCGGCAAAGAACUUUUUCUGUCCCUGUGAAGCGAGAAACAAGAAAAAGCAUUCUUCAAGAAAACACUCGGCAUAUUGAAGAGAGACUAUUACGCUACCUCAUUCAUCUGAGGUUCCAGAGUUCCAAGUCUGGAAAGAUCUACCUCUACAGAGAUGUAAGACUUCUGUUUUCCCGAAAAUCUAUGGAAGUGGAUAGUGGCGCUGCAUAUGAACUCAAAUCUUACACUGAAUCUCCAAUGAAUCCUCAGUUUUCACCCCGGUGUUAGCAAAACACAACCGUGAAACUAUCCUCAAUUACCAGAUUAUUAUUCAAGACAAAACAAUAAAAUAUCCUGUGCAAAACCUGAAUUGCGGAGGUAGUGAGAAGGAUGGUCAAAUGGGAGUCAAAAUCUCUUGGACCAGUUCAGAAAAGUUUUUAGAAUGAGCUUUGUGUAUUCUGAAUAGACUGGAACACACUUAGUUGUAACCUUUUUAUACUCGUUUUAAACCACUUCAUUGGAUGUGUUGCAAUAGCAGAUUCCCAAAUUAGUUUAGUGUUUACACCUUAUUUUAUUUUUAUUUUUGGGCUAUUUAAUAUUUAAUGUUCCUUUCACUUAAAAGUGAUAUUUGUCUUUACUGUUCUAAUGUAGCACAAAUCCGAUGUAAAAUCAUACUACGUAUUUUUGACAUUAAUAUUGAAAUCUUGAAAUAUAUACAGAACCUUUACUUCGAUGCGUGAUGUGUUUUUCAGUGAUUAACUCGCUUAGAAUAAGGAUGGGAUUUGAACUUCCAUUACAUUAGCACACUAUGCAAAGGAUGUGGGGACAAGGAGAGGAGCCAUGUAUGUCUUUUCCAUUGCUCAUUUCUUUCCAUGCUUAGUUUCCCUGAUAAACAAAAAAUCAUACCAAAAGGAAAACAUCUUGAUUACUCAUGAUUCAACUCAUAAUUAGCACUUCCUUUCCUCUUAAAGAUCUUUCUUCAAGCAUUUCACUUCUGCAUACCCACAUUUGACAUUACACUGCUGUCCCAUACCUGACUUUUUCAGGCUAUAGGGCUUUUUUUAUUUUUUAAGAUGUAAGGUGGAAAAGUCAUAUUUAUAUUGUAAACAUAUGUGAAAACAGCUAUAUUUGAAUUCUGGUUUUAUUUUGAGAUAGUCUUUUAUGCUUUUUUUUUGUUCCACGAUUGGUUCUUGAAAGUUCUUUUAUUGCAGUAUGAAAUAAUUGCAAAAGAACUGCCCAUGCCAUGUGUUAGUACAGUUGCUGUAAUGGAAGAAUACUCGUGUUUCUCAACCUUAGCAAUUUUAAGAAGAAUAGACUUCAACUCCCAGAAUUCCCCAGCAAGCCUUGAUGGCUGGGGAAUCCUGGGAGUUGAAGUCCACACAUCCGCAAGUUGCCAAGGUUGAGAAACAUUGCUUCAGAGUAUUCUCUUAAUGGUGGUUAGUAUUUGAAAGAAUUAGAAUUAAGUAAAGCAUUAUUCUUCUAUUGCUUAUAUUUCUCUUUUAUUAUUCAAUCCCAAAAUACAGUGUUAAGUAAAAAAAAAAACUUUGGUUCAGCAAAAUGUUUAUCUCAAUAACUGAUUCCCAACAAACUUAGUUCCUUUGCUGGUAUGAAAAAUAAAAAAUAGUCUCUGGGAAA